CAACCACUAUGCGGCAACACCCCACAAAUCUCCUGCUGCUGCUGUGCUUCGCCCCUCCCCUCCUCGACUCUACGUCAACAUGAUGAGCGAACAACGGUCCGCGCCGGCGCUGGUCGACGUCAAGACCCUAGUCGUGAGUUUCGCCAGCGACUUUUUCGCCGGUGGGGUCGCCAGCGGCUUCACCAAAUCUGCGAUGGCGCCGAUUGAGAGGGCGAAACUGCUCCUUCAAGUGCAGUGGGUCCACACCGACAUUCCGCCAGAGCGCCGCUACAACAGCCUGUCCGACUGCAUCCGCAGGGUGUACAAGGAGCAGGGUCUGCUAUCGUUCUGGAGAGGCAACACCGUCAACAUCGCGCGGCAUAUCCCAUCUCAGGCACUCAACUUCUCCCUCAGGGACAGGUUUCGAGAGCUCUUCGGCCUUGACACCGUUCCCAUCGACCACUUCUGGAAGUUCCUGGGUCUGUCGAUGCUGUCGGGGGCGUCUUCCGGCGCCGUGUGCCUGUCCGUGCUAUACCCGCUAGACUUCGCCCGCACGCGGGUGGGCACCGACGUCCGGUCGUCGGGCAACAGGCAGUUCCGCGGGAGCUUGGAUUGUCUCCGCCAGGCGUACUCGACCGUGGGCCUUCGAGGUAUCUACCGAGGCUUCGACGUGGCCGUGCUCGGGGUGGGCGCGUGGAGGGCGCUCUACUUCGGCUUGUACGACACCUUUACCACCAGGUUGCUCGGGGGGAGGCAGGGCGGCACGCUGCAGGAGCGGUGGGCGGUCGCUCAGAUGGCGACCUCCACGGCAGGAACGAUCAUCUACCCGAUCGACUCGGUGAGAAGGCGCAUGAUGAUGGAGACGGGCAGGAAGGAGAGGAUGUACAAGAGCAGCUUCCACUGCUUCCGGACGAUGGUCGCCACGGAAGGCUACCGCGGAUUCUACCGGGGGCUGUCGGCGAACCUCAUCAGGGGCAUGGGGACGUCGAUUCUGCUGGUGCUGUACGACGAGAUCCGGGCCCUCAUGGAAGCGACGCAUUGAGAAGAGAGGGGGAGAAGGGGAGGGCGGUAGGCACGGGGGGCACGCGGAAGGGAGGAGGAGGGGAUUACUGCUAGAUUGACGGGAUGUAACACCUGCCGCACUUUUUCUGGCGUCACAGUAUUGUCCCGCCUGCCAGUCUGUCGGUAGUCCAGAGGGUUAUUGAAACCGCGGACACCCGACUUGUAAUCACGAUUUUGGCAACGAUGCUAUUGAGUUGCUCUACCCAUACCAUUGCGAUUGGUGUGUAGCCCACAUCUUGAAAUGAUUAUAUAUUACCUUUGUUUUUUGCGCGGUGCUAAGGGUUACCGUUUUUUUUGUUGUGUUUGACUGCUGUUCCUGUUGCCACGUUUAUAGCACUUUUGGUCCGAAAACGACCGCUGAAGACAAAAAAGUAGCGUGGUACUUUCCACAUGCUUUGCCGAGAAGGCUGGAGAGUGUGUCGUAUAUGUGCAACACACAUCCCGGAGACCUUUCUUUUUUUUGUUCGCUGCUUGGAGGCUUGGGGUUGAUGCGACUACGACCCGCCAUGAGCAGUGGCUGCGGAAGGGAAGGGGAUGGUGCAAAAGAAGCAGGUUGUUGUCGUCAUUGCCUGUGCGUCGUUUGUGUAUUGGAUAACGGACGUACGGUAGUAGCAGCAGCGGUGAGCCGGCGAGAAGAACCUCCAAAACGGCGCCGCUGCUUCACUGUUCAUUCCUGUGUGAUUAUGUUUGCCUCGACUCUCAGUAUCGUACCAUGUGGUCCUUUCGAGCGAGGAUGCCGUGGUGUGUGUGUGUACGCGCGCGCGCCAGUGUGUGUUUUCUAUUUUUUUUUGCAUCGACCGCGCUACCAGACUGACCCCCUGAAAAUAUCUCAGUCGUCGUAGUAGCGGUACAUGAAAGGCGAACGAACACGCUUUCUAGUGUGUGUGUCUGUGUGUGUGUCUUUCUUGAAUUGUUUCUUGAAUUUUGGUCAAUCGCGCUGACCGGCUGGUUGACGAUUGAAGAAGAAGUGUGUGUGUGUGCGCGCGUUCUUUUCUGUUAUCCUUUUUGCGCAUGCCGCGAUCCGCCCCCCCCACCGUUGUUCAUAAACUUCCGACGGAAUAUUCUUUUGUGUAUUUCCCGGCGCUUUGUGUCGACCGAACUCGGUUGCCCGGAAGCGGCAGUUCAUUCCUUUCCUUGUAAAACCCCGAGCGAGAUGCUCGUUGAUAUGUCGUUCGUAGUUCUAGACUCGGCGGCAGAGGAGAUGCCUGUGCGUCUGUAUCACAGAUAGACGGGGCCUAGGGGGCUGGGGGGAAGGUUGCCGGAAAUUUUGCGUGGGGGGCGGGGGGCUUAACUGGUUGCGAGGUUUAAGGGAAACGCCCGAGUGGGCAUGUGGUGAUGUAUUCGUUUCGGAAAGAGCUGUCUUGAGCGGGUGGGAAUCAGUGCGCAUAUUUAUGGUCACUUGCAGGUUAAAUGAAAUGAGUUUCCAUGUUAGGGGCAGUGACGAGAGACCGGUCUCCUGUCACGCGAAAGGACGGAGUGUGGUGCUGGUCGCGUGUAGAGAGAAAGGUUUAGAUAGAGGGUACCCAAAAUAGAGGAGACCGACCGUAAGAGUGUGUCGAGUGGCACUGUACUUGGAGGUUACAUGUACGUUAUGUCCCUGAGAGAUGUUAUUUUGCCGAGCCGGAGGGGGCGUUUUGUUCUAAGAGUGGCAGAGAGGAAGCAAAUUAACAAGUAGCGUGUGCGAUGCUUCACGCGUCCCACGUCGUCGUUCUGUAGGACAACGCUCUACUCGGAAUCACAAACGAUAUUGUGGAGAUACUGCAUUUGUAUAUGCUUGCUCCCCCGAUUUUUUGGGAAUGAGGUUGUUAAGGGCAUCAUCAGCACUUUCAAUUUUCGGGAGAGUUUGGCAAGACGGGUGUGUAGCGGCGUACGUGCGUACGACAUGUUCCUUUCCGGGCACCAAGAGGUCUUGUAAUGACAAUCGUGGUUGGAUACAAACGCGCACCCUUCAUGUCCUUCGUGUUAAAAUGACUGACUACGGCCGUCCUCUUGGCGAUUAACCAUAUCUAUCUUCGGUGCGUUUUCCUUGCUCGCUCUGUUGUUGGGGACGCUUUGUUU